GUGCUCGCUCCCCUGCGGGCCGAAGAAGAGCUGUGCUUUCUCCAAAUGCGACUUGGAGUCGGUACUCAUUGGCAUUCUUCGUCGGGACCACCAUGGCGGUGCAAGCGACGGUCUACUUCGUGAAAUAAUAUCGUCUUUUCCGGUGGAGGCAACUGCGUAAUAGGAACGGGAAAUCUGGCAGGUGCGGGGCGAUGCUGAAGGACCGAGGAGGACCAUUACUUCAAACAGGAAGUAUGAGAGGAGAGCUAAAAGGAACGGAGCGUUUCUAAGCAACAACAGCGACAACCUACCAUGGGCUACAAGAUCCCUGGGGCAGCGAUGGACCGUGUGAGCCUCCUGUGGCGUCUGCGCCGUCGUGCCCGCCGCGGCGUCCUUUGCAUGGCCUUCUUCGGCAUCGCCAUGACGCUGCUGUACGCUCUGUGCGCCGAGAACAGCGUGAUCGUCACCGACGCCAUCUUCGGCGUACGGGCGCGGACUCGGGCCCAGCCUCGCACAAACUCCGUCGUCAAGGUGCUCCGAGGUGGCUCCAAACUGGCAUACGUGGACCCCCAGAAGCUCCCGGGUGUGGUCCCCGGCGACCCCCGCCGCCCCAUCCCCGUGCUGUCCUCACCCAACCAGACCCACGAGCACCAGCCCACCAAGCCAAAACCCAGGGAGGGUCAAGGUUUCUUCACCAGCAUCCUCCCGCGGCCCUUCAUGCGAGCGCUGGACACCAUCUUCGGGGUCCGCCGGCGGGGACAGCUAAGCGGCAAGGCCAGCGACGCGGAGUUCUUCGGGCCCAACAGCCUUCUGGGAAAGGUCUGGAACGAGCACAUGUCCAGUGGCAUGCUGGGGAGCCGGCUGAAGAAGGUGGUCCACAACUACCAGUCGAUGAACAAAUACGGCGUGCAGCUCCCCGACGCGGCGGACUUGGCCCGGAGGCCCGUGCUGAGCGGGCAGGAGCUCUUGUGUCAGCUGAAGAAGAAGGUAGCACUGUCCACGCUGACAGCCUCUCUGCCACCUUUCUCUUCGCUACCGUGGGCCUCGCAGCUGCCGCCCAAGUCGCUCGCCGCUGAAUUGGGGCCCUUCAAAAGCUGCGCCGUUGUCUCGUCCGCCGGCUCGCUCCGAGACGCCGGCCUCGGCAAAGAGAUAGACUCCCACGAUGCCGUGCUGCGCUUCAACGGCGCCCCCACCGAGCGCUACGAGAAGGAUGUCGGUUCCAAAACCACCAUCCGCCUCAUCAACUCGCAAGUGAUGGCGUCCGACGACCACCACUUCCUGUCCAGCUCGCUGUACAGCUCAGGUGUAUUGGUGGCCUGGGAUCCCGCUCCUUACUCCGCUAACCUCACACAGUGGUUAGGCCACACCGACUACCCUAUCUUCACCCAGUACCAGCGCUACAGGCGGCUGCACCCCCAGCAGCCUUUCUACAUCUUGCACCCACGCUUCCUCUGGCAGGUGUGGCAACAAAUCCAAGACAACAUGCCGGAACCCAUCCAGAAGAAUCCGCCCUCCUCUGGCAUGAUGGGUACAGUACUGAUGAUGUCCAUAUGCGAGGUGGUGCACGUCUACGAGUUCCUCCCGUCGCGACGCAAGACGGAGCUGUGCCACUACUACCAGCGCUUCUACGACGCCGCCUGCACGCUGGGCGCCUACCACCCGCUGCUCUACGAGAAGAACCUAGUCAAACGUAUGAAUCAGGGAUCCGACCGUGACAUCUACACCCACGGCCGCGUCACGCUGCCCGGAUUCAGCAGCCUCUCUUGCAACACAACACGUCCAGGUUAAACCAGGAAAGAAAAUAGCGAGUUGUAACACACACUGGAAUUCAAUCUUAUAUUUUAAAUGUGCCUGCUGAAAAUAUUAUGUAAUAUACAUCAUAUCCUUAAUAGGAUCGAGAAAUUCCGGGAGUGGGAAAUUGGCACGACCGAUUCUCGGCUUCAGGGUAUUACGGCGGUUUCAAUAAGUUGCUCUUUGAAAACCGCUAAAACUUUGCAUUAGCGGUACAACAGUCAGUGAGGGUAACGCUGAGGCCGAAUAAUGUUUUGAAUUUCGAGUGUCACUAAUCAAUGGUAUCAUUGAUGUAUUACUAGAACGCGUUUACAAUUGUUGAAAUAAAUACGACAGACUCCCUUCAGCUAGUUAAAUAGCAUAGCUAACAUCUGUUUGUUUUCGCCCUGCUGUUACUUUAUAAAGCUUACAUGAGCAAAGGGGUAGCUACUCGUUUUAUGAGGAAUAUGUUUUUUUAAACAGUUGUACUAUAUUUUGAUUGUAGUCCUAGCUUAUUUUCUUUUUAAGUUCAACUACUGAGGCAGAUAACGAGCUAAUUUGCACAGCUAGCUAGCAUAGCAAACAGUGUUUUCAAUCUGGUGUUGUUUCACAAAGCCGUUACCGGAGAAAUGUUAUCCCGUAGCUGUGCUACAUUUUGAUUUUAAUUCUGGAAAUGAUCAUUUUCUCUUUACGUUGUCAAACGUGCCAAUGGAAAAAAUGUUACAAAAGCAAAGCUGGUUAGCACGUCCGCUUCACAAUUCAGAGUUUGCAUGUUCUCCCCGUGCCUGCGUGGGUUUCCUCCGGGUGUUCUUGUUUCCUCCAAAAUUCCAAAAAACAUGUGUGCUUGGCCGAUUGACUCCCAAGUUUUUUUUUUAAUGUACUAUGUGUUUCUAGACUCCGUUGAAUUAUUGAUGUCAGUGCAUUUCUGAAGGCAACAUUUGAUCUCUCUCUAUGCAGCCACUCGUCACACAUCGCAUGCUUCAUUUCUCUUCGCUUUGUUUUACCUCGGCGUUGCACGUCCCGCUCAAAUUUUGCCUUCCUAUUCCUUCUCUUCAGAGGGGUCACUGUUGCUGAUGUCAGUGGGGGAUAAGAAUAUUUAUAUUAACCCUCCUUAAAUGUUACUAUAAUCCCCAAAUGUAUUAAACCCAACCAAUAUACAAUAAACCUUUUGGGGAUCAUUGAAAACUAGUUUUCAUAAAUUGAGUACAAGACUUUUGGGAAAAGUGGUAUUCAUGGUGUCUUGUUCUUAGCUUUCAUUUUCCUAUAAGAAACCCUACGGACAAAAAAUAAUCAUUCUUGAUGUUGGGUGUUUUCAGGGGGUUGCAUGUUCUCUUCUGUUCUGUCCGUCACUGUAAGAAACAUCACAAAUCAAUGUCACUGCCUGAAUAAUAAAGUAGACUGUGAUUCAGGA